ACCUGACCGGGAAUGAACCACUACCGGCGUCUAACCGGGGAAUACUGACAGAAAAUGCACUUUAACGGGAAUAAAACAAGACUCAACUGCGCCAGAAACUAUGGACUCUGAGUCGUUGGACCGGUGCCUGCAGACGGCGCUGUCCGCUCUGUACCCGCCGUUCGAGGCCACGUCGCCCACCGUCCUCUGUCAGGUCCUCAGUGUGGUGGAGCGCUGUUACCGCGGAGACGGACUACGCUACCUGCUGCACUUCCUGCUACCGGCCAAACAGUUUCUGCAGAGCCUCCAGCAAGAUGCCUGUCUGCCGUACUGUGGUCUGCUCUUCCGUCACGAGGGCUGGCCGCUGUGCCUCCACGAGAAGAUAGUCGUCCAACUGUGCCACCUGGACCAACAUCUGCUCCGGCCGGGCGACUUCUACUUCCUGGUCUCCCCUUCCUCUUCCCCCACCUCAUCCUCCUCCUCCUCUUCUUCCUCAUCGUCGUCGUCCGCCUCCUCCUCCCGUCGCAACUCCUCCCGUUCAGGCCCGCCCACCCCUCGCCUCCUCCUCUGCAGCAUCUCCACGACCAGCCGACAUGUGGAAGAGCAAGAGAUACCGGAGCUAGCCCUGAGCUCUCUGUUUACGAUGGCUUGGUUGGAUUCGGUGAACAGGGAUCGCGAGGAGAGGGGGGUGUCCAGAAUGGAGAGACUCUUGCUUUCGGCGCACGGAGAUGUUUUUAGGGUGCCCUGGGAGGAUCUAGUCUACCCACAGUUUGUCAGUAGACCUAGAUCUUCGUUAAAAGACGUAAAAGACUUCAGUUCGCCUUUAGAACCAGACACAAUGCAAGAAAAGACUUUGUUAAGCACUUUGGGGCAAGGUAAAACGCCGUUGUCAUGUACUGUCAGUCAAUCAACUCCGAGCAGUGACGAUUCAGACUCGGAAGGCGAAUACGUGGAGCUGGCGGAUUUGACGUUGCCCCGGUUUUCGCCGCAAAAAGGUUCGCUAACUCAACUGAUCAGCCAGCAGCACAAAGCACGGACUAGCGCGCAAACUUCGGCGGACAAAAGAAAAGCGCAGCAAAACGUUCCAGCGAAAUUUCAAAACACUCCAAAGCUCUUAACAGCAGCUUCAAAAGACUCAUCCAGCUCAUGUACGGAUUCAAAACUCAAUGAUCCAAAGCCAAUUCACGAAGAAAGCUGCUUUAAAUUUGUCAGUGUGCCUGUUAUUCUUACACCAGUCCCUCAACCUCGCGCUGUUGAGGUUUCCGUUAACGAAAAGAGUCCGACAGAAGCCACAAACGUGACCAAAAGCGCAAAACAAGUCGAAAAGAAAGUUUUAGAACCUGUAGCUGACGGUUUAGCGAAUGUAGAUUUGAUCGAAGAAAGGAAAGACGGAGCGAUUGCUAGUAAAAGUGUAGAGGAGGAAGCGGAGGUAGAGUCGAUUGGAAGAAACGCUGGGGAGGACAGAGAGGUGGCGCUAGUUGAAAGAAUCGAGACGCGGGAUAAAUACGAAAGAGAAGAGCAAGAGAGUGGACUUUUAGAUCAAAUCGAGGAUCUAAAUGUAGGAAAAACGCUUUGCACAGAGUUGGAUAACGUAGAUUUAAAAGACGCAUGUAUAGAAAUUGAACUAACGCAAAAAACACGAUCUGAUUUCCACUCUGAAAACACAAAUUUAGAGGAGAUUAAUCUUGAAAACAAUACAGAAAGUGAAUAUUUUGAUACCACAGAAAGCCAAAGUCUUGAGGAUAACACGCUUGAGUCUGAAAACGGUAAACAGUAUUGCAAAAGUACAGCUGAACCAUCGGAAAAGGUCGAACCAUCACUAGACGCGUACAUCGACGACCAAUUUCAAAAGCAGGGCGAAGAGUCACAAUCGCGCAUUAUAUAUUUGGAAGCAACCGGUUGUGGGAGCUUUGAAUUUUUUGACUCGCAAAGUGAAAAAUGUGUUAACAAAAUGGACGAUUUUGGAGAGACAGACUUGCGGUUUUCAGAAAUGGACGACUCGCAAGACGAUUUAGUUGACGAUUUCGUUCAGCUCAUAUCGGGCGACCAGUGUGAAAUGGAAACGCAGUACCAGCUGUUUGAGAUGAACAUGCAACGUUUGAACGCGGAAUUUGAGAACGCGCAAAAAACUCAAGACGAAAUGUCUGAAACCAAGUCUGAGUUUGUAGAACCGGAUGAUUCGGAUUUUGAUUUGGAAAAAGAAAAUGCCGAACAAUCGGAAACGCAAGACAUGGACUCAAAAGACUCUGAUGAAAUCAUUUUGGAUUUGGACAAAAGUGAAGAGAACUCACUUACUCAAACUGAAAUCGAAACAAAUCAUGAAGAAGAUGUGAUUACUGAUAAAACGCAAUCUGAACUAUGUAAAACUGAAGAUGCUGUUAGUGAAAAUGCUGAAAAAAUGCCUGAAUUUUCAAGCUUGGAAGUAGUCCAUGAAAUCGUUGAUAGUCAGAAGACGGAAAUUGAAAUUGACGAUAUCCAACUAGAUGAGCAAACAGAAAUUCCUUAUUCGGAAAGUUUAGAAGAUCUGACUGAAAAACAGAUUUGUGAAGUUGAUGAAGAGGAGACAACAAUUUUUGAAACAAAAAUUUAUUUUCCAGGUCUUGAAAUGUCAAAUGAACCAGACUUUGACGAUCUUGAAAUUAAAAAUAUUCUGUCUGAAAUAGUGGACAAAGUUGAAAACGAUGUGGAAACAAGCCAAACAGAAAUGCAGAGUACAGAUAAAACGCAUUCAUAUUCUAGUGCUACGUUCUUAGAGGAGCAAAUUGAUCUUUUGGAGAUGGAAUUUAAAUAUUUGCAAAGUAAAAUUUUGCAAAGAAACCACGAAGAAUUGGAAGAAAAGCAAAGCUCCACGCAAGAAGACAUGGCGACUGCAAGAAGUGAAGAAACAGCGACGCCAGACGGAGAAAGUGAACCAAAAAACGUUGAAAAUGUUUUGAGUUUUGAAGAAGAAAUAUUGCAAGUUGAAGAUCUGUCUAGCAAGAAAUCCGUUGAAGACGAUAAAGCGGAUUUACAAAACGAAACUGAAAGUCCACAAGGGAAGGAAGAGGUUGAGUUUCCACAACCUAAUGAUUCCAAAAUACAAGACGGUAAUAACAACGAAUCCAAACUAUACUCAGACAACGCACUUAAACUGGACACAAUUUUUGAACUUCCGGAAAAUCAGGAGUUAAAAUCGUCUCAGGAAAUACCAGAAAGAGUUGAAGAUUCAAGCGUUUUAGACCAACCAGAAGUUCAGAGCACAGUUUCAGAUAAAGAAGCAGAAACACCCUUGGAUACAACUCCUUGCUUAAAUUCUGAGAUUGCUGUGACUGUAAACGCAAAAACUGAGCACUUAUUGUCAAAUCUGGACGAAAUCGCUGAAUCUUCGGAAAAAUCUUCUCUAGAAACGCCAGAGACUGUUGACGUUGAAAGCGUUUCGGACCAACCAGGAGUUAAAAACGGCGAUUCGCAAAUUCAGGAAGCGACAUCACCCGUGGAUAUCCAAACUCCUUGUUUACCUUCUCAAAUAUCCAAUAUGGAAAAUAACAAAAAUGGGAAAACUGAGCACUUAUUGUCAAAUUUAGACAUAAUUGAGGACAAAAACGAAAAAAUCCAAAAGGAAAACUGUGAAGCGCCUGUAACGUCCAACAUUGUUAAGGUAGAAGAAGCAAAACCAGUUAUGAUUUUGCCAGAAAGCGGACUUAAAAAUGAAGAUUCGAAGAAAGAAGAUAAGCUGGAUUUAAAACUUACAAACUCUGAAUCGUUUGAGCAUCAAAACGGGCAAGUUGAGAGUCCAAAAGUGCAGCAAAUAAACUUACAAGAGCCAGUCAAUGGACCUAAAGUGAAGACGGAAGAAACUAAAGCUGUUGUUGAGUCACGGAAAGGACGUAAUACUAACAAAGUUCCCACUGAAGGUUCAAAUGCUAUUCACCCCAAACCUGGUCUGAGCAACGGUUCAGUCCCCAAAUCUCCAGAAACUCCGUCUCCAUCUGAACUGAACCCGUCUGCGCCUCUGCAGCUGUCCAAGUCUCCUCAGUCCAGGUUCAACAGGGUCCUGCUCAGCUCCGGAGUCCUCUGUCUGCCUGGAUCCAGAGACAGAGGUGGUCGAGCUGUUGUGACUGCAAACCUCAGAAGUCCACUGUGGACCAGUCCAGACUGUGACAGCGCUGAACUGCUGCAAGUCCUGCUCUACUACCUCUCCACUCUCAGGAAGGAGGUACAAGCCCUGGGUCUGACGGUUUUGGUGGACGUCCGAAGAGCGCCCCCUGUGCCCGCUCUCUAUAAUGCGCUCCGCUCCCUGCAGGAGGGCACCCCAGGCUCUGUCCACUCUGUGCUGCUGUUAAUUAAUAAAGAUUCACCGGUACGACUGGAGAAACCUCCUUAUCUUCAGGUGGAGAUGCUUUACUCCAUGAAGUCUCUGCAGAAACACGUGGACCUGAAGCAGCUCCCUGUCGAGUUCGGAGGCUCCUUUAACUUCAGUCAGAGCAGCUGGCUUUGCUACAGAGCGAGAGUGGAGAACUUGACGAAUCAGUGCAACAAUGUGAUCAACCUCCUUCAUGAAACCAUCAACAUCCUGGAGACCACACCUCUUCCUGAAGAUGCACAGAAUGCCAAGCAGCUGUUGUCCAAGUACAAUGCAGUGAUGUGCAGCAUUCUUCAGGACAGUCGACUGGUCCAGCUGCAGCAGGAGGGCGGAGCGUCACUGUCCAGGCUCCGAAGAGACGAGAGCAGCAUCUGUGCCACUGACGACUACAGGGCGGCAGUGGAGACAGUCUCCUCUCUCUAUGAUCAGGUGGAUGAACUGCUGCAUCGUCUCGUCACUUUGUCGAACUCCAAAACCCAAGAGAUAAACUUUAUCCUGGAGUUCACUGGACUGGAGUCGGGAUUCGCUGAGGUGCGGCAGUGGCUGGAGGAGGAGGGAGAAACCAAACUGAAGACUCUGGAUGAACCCGAAGAUUCACUGGCGCUGCUCCUCAAACACCAGAAAGACUUUAAGGACUUCUGCCCCACCGCCUUCGACUGGUGUAAACGGGGGCAGGCUCUGUUGAAGCGCCUGGAGCACUGGGACAACAUCUCCUCCGCAGAGCUCCAGGCCUACGAGGACAAAGUUCACGCCUUCUGGGCCCAGCUCCAGGAUUUCUCCCAAAGAGUGACCAACACCGGACAGAACAUCGACCGAGCAGUCAGACUCUUCAGCUUCUUAGACCAGGCCUAUGGCUGGGCUCUGGCAGGUAUGCGUCACUUAGCUGGCGUCACCAUGGAGGACUGCUCUCUGCCCGAGAAAUGCCCAGUCGUGAUCAGCUGUUUGGAAGAAUACAAUCGCCUCCACCCGCCCAUCCCCGACUCCCACUUCCAGGAAAUGAGAGUUUUGGCCGGGGAACUUCGAGGGGAACGCGGCCUCAGACAGUGGAGCUUCGCGUGGGCCAAGUGUCAAGAAACUAAAAAAAUGUUCGAUCGUAAAAUGGAAGCAGCUUUGCGGACAAGAGACUCCAACCAGCGACGCAGAUCCGACUCUGAGCAAAGCAAAAGUUCUUCCAGUUUUUCCAGAAAGUCUUUGUCUGGGUUUUGGGGUACGAAGGACUCCUCUCAAAUGUCCCCGAAUCAGAACGAUGAAACCGCCAGUACUUGCUCAUCGUCUACUCCAUCACCUCCGAGAAAUUUAAACUCUCCUUUCACAUCCACCCCUCAACACACACCGCUUCUGCAAAGACUAUUCCGAAGUCCUUCCAAUUUGGAUGAAAGUAAAGAUUCAGUUGAAUCCCCGUCUUCGCCAGCGUCAAGUCUACCGCGUCUAGACUCCACAGCUAGUUUUAAUUCCACAUUAACAUCUCCGUCAGUCUGCUCUUCUUCUUCUUUUACUCCCCUCGGCAGAAGACAGCAGCUGCGGAAGACCCAAAGUUUUGACUGUCCACCCACUCCAGACCCAACACGCUACGGCGCCACUCCCAGGACCCUGAGUGAACCAGCGCGGAGGGGGAACACGGGGGUCUUCAUAAAGGGGCUGGAGGUGUCGAGCACAGAGGCAGCUGACCGCACGCUCUGCCCCAGGACGGGAGCUCAGAGCUGGGCCGGACACGCCACCAGGAGCCCCAGCACCCAGAGCAUCAACAGCGUGAGCUCCACAGCAGAGCAGAGGCCCCGGGGGAGUAAACUGCGUCACAUCGUGGAGGAGAUGGUGACCACAGAGCGGGAGUACGUGCGCUCGCUCCGGUACAUCAUCCAUCACUACUUUCCGGAGAUGGAGCGUCCGGACCUGCCCCAGGACCUGAGGGGGAAACGCUCUGUGGUGUUUGGGAAUCUGGAGAAACUUCUGGACUUCCACAGCCAGUUCUUCCUCAAAGAGCUGGAGGCCUGCUGGAAACACCCGCUCAGAGUCCCACACUGCUUCCUCAGACAUCAGGAGCAGUUCGGCCUCUACGCCCUCUACAGCAAAAACAAGCCCAAGUCUGACGCUCUCCUGUCCCACCACGGAAACGCCUUCUUCAGGAGGAAGCAGGUGGAGCUGGGAGAUAAGAUGGACCUGUCGUCGUACCUGCUCAAACCCAUUCAGAGGAUGAGUAAAUACGCCCUGCUGCUGUCCGAUCUCAUAAAGGAAGUGGGCGUGUCCCAGUCGCAGGAGGCGGAGCUCGCCACGCUGCACGCCGCCACAAACAUGGUCAAGUUCCAGCUGCGCCACGGCAAUGACCUUCUGGCCAUGGACGCCAUUCGAGACUGCGACGUGAACCUAAAGGAGCAGGGUCAGCUGAUUCGUCAGGAUGAGUUCACGGUCUGGAGCGGGAGGAGGAAAUGUCAGCGUCACGUGUUUCUGUUCGAGGACUUGGUUCUGUUCAGUAAACCCAAACGCAUGGAGGGAGGCCUGGACGUAUUCAUCUACAAACACUCCUUUAAGACUGCAGAUGUGGGCCUGACUGAGUCCACUGGAGAUGACGGACUGAAGUUUGAGAUUUGGUUCAGACGAAGAACCUCCAAAAACCAGACCUUCAUCCUGCAGGCGCCGAGUUCAGAGGUCAAACAGAACUGGACCAGUGACAUCGCACGGCUGCUCUGGAACCAGGCCACACGCAACAAGGAGAUGCGUCUGAAGGAGAUGGUGUCGAUGGGCGUCGGGAGCAAACCGUUUCUGGACAUUCAGCCGAGCGACGCCGCCAUCAGUGACCGAGCCGUGCACUACAUCAUGAAGAGCAGAGGUGCCCGGACCAGAGCGUCUAUAGCCGUGUCCGUGUUCGACCACUCCAACCCUUUUAAGAGAUCCGUGACCUCUGACCCCCCUGCUGGUGUCGGCCCGUCCUCCUGCAGCCUCCUGGGACCCCUCAACCUCCACAUGUUCAGUCAAACACUGCCCCCUGCUGGUACCUCUGAGAGCUCCUUCAUAAAUUCCUGCAUAGAAGAAGACGAACAGGAGCACGAGACCAGCAGCCAGCCCUCAAUGACCACAGAAAGCUCAGGCUCAUCUUCUCGGUGUCUCUCGGGCUCCACCGGCUCGGACAGCGGCUGUGUGUCAUCUCACCUGCAGGAGGCGCUACAGGAGGAGCAGAACCCGAGCCAGGCCUCCUCUUCCUCCUCCUCGUCCUCCUCCAACCCCCCUCCCGCCAACAAACAGCACCACAGCAGCCCCUACAUUUCAACGAAUGCAGGUCCAGUCAUCGGUCCAGCAACGAUAGUGUGAUCAGGACACAAGAGGUCCUGGAGCAGACACGGACACAGCACUGUUCAAUAAUCACUUUGAGUUUUUUAUUGUUUAAAUUUGUUGUUAUUUAUGUGUUGGGAGCUGCAGUUUGACUGGUCUGUUCUGUAAAUAUAAGCAGUCAUAGUUCAUAAGGACGAUCUGUGUUUCCUCUGUUGGAGUUUUGCUCUUUAAGUCUCCAUAGACGUAGCUUUGUGCCCGUUAACUGUACAUGAGUGUAAAUAUCUGCGGCCGCUGUAACUUUCUACUUGAAAAUAAACAAAAC